UUAAACAUCCUUAACCAACCAACUUCUAUCUAAUGUGCAUGUGUUCUAUUAUUAGCUCUGUUUCUUUCUGCUCCUUGAGUUUCUUUCUCCUCCAUCUCAAAAAUGAAUUUCCGUCUCUCUCCGCCUUCCAAAGCGGCUGUUGAUCAACCUCGUUAACAUCUCCUUCUCAUUCUAUGCGCAGCACGACGCACCUCACCUUAAGUGCAAGUGCGUGUGCAUGUGCCCUUCAUUAUUAUGGCAGCAUCAUUCUUCUUCGUAACAACAACAAUAUUGUUCGUUUCUAUUCUCAUCAACAUUGCCUCUUGUAUUUCAGACAUAGAUUCUCUCCUCAAAUUGAAAAACUCUCUUCAAAACACCGACGUUGUAUUAUCUUCAUGGAACACAUCUGCCCCUCCAUGUACAGGUGGUGAUGCAAAUUGGUCCGGCGUUCUCUGCUACAAAGGACAUGUUUGGGGAUUCAAACUCGAAAACAUGAACCUUAAAGGCAACAUUGACGUUGAUUCCAUCAAGGAUUUGCCUUAUAUCAGAACCCUUAGCCUCAUGAACAACCAAUUCGAUACCCCGUGGCCGGACCUCAACAAACUCUCUGGUCUCAAGACCCUCUACCUGUCGAAUAAUAAAUUUUCCGGCGAGAUUCCGGAAGACGCGUUUCAUGGGAUGCAGUGGUUGAAGAAAAUUCAUCUGUCUAACAACCAGUUCACUGGUCCUAUUCCAACUUCCCUUUCUUCACUGCCGAGACUGAUAUCAUUGAGGUUGGAUGGAAACAGAUUCAAUGGUCCUAUUCCUGAAUUUCGCAAACCGUUGAAAUCAUUCAGUGCAGCGAAUAAUCAAUUAGAGGGUGAAAUACCUGCCUCCCUUAGCAACAUUCCAGCUUCAUCUUUUUCUGGUAAUGCAAAGCUGUGUGGAGCCCCUUUAGGAGCAUGCUUUCCGGAAAAGAAAUCAUUAUCGAUAAGUGUGAGCCGUAUUGUGGUUGUGGUUCUUGUUAGUCUUGCAAUGUUUGUGAUUGCAGCAGUAAUAAUACUUGUCCUUAUUAGAAGAAGAAAAAAAAAAGCUGAACAAGAACAACAAGAAUCAGGAGUAGUGAUUGGUGUAGUUGCCAACACCAGCAGCAGGGAUAGUACUGUUCAAAAGAAAGGAUCAUCGUCAUCACCAAAUGACGUUUCAGAUGAUCAAGGUUCAAUAAGAUCACGCGGAACCAGCAACGGUAGCAGAAGCAUGAGGUUAUCCUUUGUGAGGGAAGAAAUAUCAGAACAAUUUGAUUUGCAAGAUCUAUUGAGAGCCUCUGCCGAGAUAUUAGGAAGUGGUUGUUACAGUUCAUCCUAUAAGGCUGCUAUGUUGACUGGCCCCACCGUUGUCGUCAAAAGAUUCAAACAGAUGAACAAUGUUGACAGGCAAGAGUUUCGGGAACACAUGCGAAGACUAGGAAGGUUGAAUCAUCCUAAUCUCCUUCCUCUCCUGGCUUACUACUACAAAAGAGAUGAGAAACUCUUCAUUACCGACUUUGUUCGCAAUGGCAGUUUGGCCAUUCGCCUUCACGGAUACCAAGCGAUAGGACAAGAAAGCCUUGAUUGGCCGACGAGGUUGAAGAUUGUGAAAGGUGUAGCAAAAGGUAUUGAAUAUCUGUACAAAGAGAUGCCGAACCUGAUUGCGCCUCACGGUCAUCUUAAAUCCUCAAAUGUUCUUCUGAGUGAGUCUUUGGAGCCUCUACUAACUGACUAUGGAUUAGUACCUGUGAUAAACCAGGAAAUUGCUCCUGAAAUAAUGGUUAUAUACAAGUCACCUGAGUAUUUGCAGCAAGGGAGGGUCACUAAGAAGACUGAUGUGUGGAGUCUUGGGAUACUCAUUUUGGAAAUUGUAACCGGAAAGUUUCCUGCUAAUUUUAUACAAGGGAGUGAGUUGAGUUUGGCGAAUUGGGUGGAAUCUAUUGCGCCGGAAGCGUGGAGUAGUGAGGUGUUUGAUAAAGAUAUGGCGUUAACUAGUAACAGUGAGGGAGAGAUGGUCAAGCUUUUGAAGAUUGCAUUGGCUUGUUCUGAUAUGGAUGUUGAUAGGAGAUUGGAUUUGAAAGAAGCAGUUUCGAGAAUUCAAGAGAUACAAGAAGAUACUAUUAAUGAGGAUGAUAUGUAUUCUUCUUCUUAAUUAUAUAUGCUGGUGAAGCUUAUAUGACAUGAUUGAAGUGAAGUGAGUCUUCAAAAUUAAGAUUUGUGGUCAUGGGAAGGAAGAAAUGAGUUUCAUCAUGAAUAUUGGUUGAAUGAGGGUUGCCAUAAGCAUUACUUGGAUUUAUAUUUCCCCUCAAAAAGACAUGCAAUGCCACGGCAUGAAUGAAUGAAUGAUGGAAAGCAAUGGUUCAUAUGCAUGCAUGAUCUGUUACAUUACUGGGUUUCGAUGUCUUAUUAAUUAUCGAUCUCUUGGUUGAGUUUUUCCCAGUAUAGUAAUGAGGUGAGGUUAUUGGAGAAUGUAUUUGAGGGGAACAAGAGCUUAAUGCCAAUCAUGAGAUGAGAUGCACUUGAGGUUGGAUCAAAAAACCUGUUUUUUGUUGCUUCUUUUGUUUAUUUGCAUUGCAAUUUCAAUCCCAAACUUUCUUAGUAAGAUCAUGGGAUGGGACACUUCUAAUUUGAAGGUAUCUAGGUAUGAUACAGAUACUACCUACUACCCUAUUGAAUUUUUGCAAAAGAGCAUGAACAUUUCCUAAGUUAUGUGGAGGCAAAUGCAAUGAUGAUGAUGAUGAUGAUGCAAAAGAGCAGUGCUGUCAUUCAUCUCUAUCUUUCUCUACAAGUAUUAUUUUCCUAGUUUUUCGACGAAGCAAAUCUAAUGAUGAUGGAGUGAUGGAUACUACAGUUAGACACUAGAGAUAGGAUUAGUUAGAAAUUGUUUUCUGUUUUAUUUGUUAGUUAUUUUGUAGUUAGUUUUCUCUUCUUCCCUCUUCUAUGUCUUAGUUGCCUUGUAUAUAAGGGGAAUGUCCUCUGUAUCAAGAAUCAAGAAUUCUAAACAUUCGAUCAAUAAAAUGUAUAUUCUGAAUAUAUAUCUCCUUUUCCUAGAAUAAAAAUAGAGGAAUCUCUCAGUUGUUGUGUUGAAAGUAGCCCCUGUAAAAAUCUUCGAAAGGCUUCUGUCUUAAUGCAUUUUUUUAGUUUCCU